AAUUAGCGGGUCAUAACAGAGAGUAGAUAUUAAAUAGUGUUGCUAUUAUCCCGGAAUGGCCAAUCUGUCGAAUUUACCUAAUGAAAUUCUCAUUACAGUUCUUGAGAUUCUUGCUACCGUCGACCUUCAAUCGUUGAUCAUCUCACAGCUUACGAACAGACGAUUCCGUGAGCUAGGUCAAGAUGCCAUAUACAAUGUCCAAAGGAAAUCAGCCGUAAGCCAUGACGGCGAUACCGAAGACAUAGAAAUCAAUCCUUUUUGGAGAGACAAAUUCCAAGGGCUAUUUAAUACUGCAGACAGCUUCACACCAAAAGAACGGGGAAAACUGUCAUUUUUAACCCUAGACGGCGAUUAUACGCGGCCCUUCCGUAGACUUCCAUGGGCUCAACUCGAAAACAGGCGCGUUGCAUAUCUUCGACCAGAAGCGAGUUGGCGUGACAUUAGUCUUACCUUUGGGAAAGCCCCCAUCACUCACCUUGAUGUCGUCAAGGGUUAUUCAGGUUCUGGGGGCGAUCUGGUAGAUUAUUACCAACUAGAUCUGCCAUCAUCUGGUUUGACAAUGGGGCUCUUCUACGACGUCCUAUUGUGCGACAAAGCGACAUACCGCCAUGAAACAGGAAGCUGGGAACUGAUUGUUGGACGACGCUUGAAAAGUUACGACGUUUUAUCAGAAUACGAAUGUUUUAUACCGGACGAUAGGGACUUGGUGGAUAAAGAGGCACAUCAGGCUGCUAUUUUAUUUGUGCGGGGUGGACCUGUAAGGCGCCGACCCAGUGAGGUCGAAGGACAAGAUAGUUGGAUCGCCAGCAGUCAGACUAAACAACGGCUACUACCCUGGCAAGGCCCGAUCCAGAACUUUAUCUUCACGGGGUAUUACGACUAAAUGACCCAUAUAUAUUCGGAACACCUUGUCUGACGCUACUCCGCGGCAAUCGAGAUAUCCGAAAGCCAUUUCGUGCAGGAUUAGCGAAAUGAACCUACCUAUCGUAUACUUUUAGCAGCACGAACGAAGACACCUGUUCACUCCGAGGGUGUACGGCGUUUAUCUCUCAAAAUGCAUUAUUAAUGCUUGUAUUAUAAAUCAGU